AUGCGAGCCCAGAUUGAGGUCAUCCCCUGUAAGAUAUGUGGUGACAAGUCGUCAGGAAUCCACUAUGGAGUCAUCACCUGUGAAGGCUGUAAGGGUUUCUUCCGUCGUAGCCAACAAAACAACGCCAUGUACUCAUGUUCCCGGCAAAGGAACUGUCUCAUUGACAGAACCAAUCGUAACCGCUGCCAGCACUGCCGCCUCCAGAAAUGUCUGGCUUUGGGCAUGAGCCGAGAUGCUGUGAAGUUUGGGCGCAUGUCAAAGAAACAGCGUGACAGUUUGUACGCUGAGGUCCAGAAACAUCAGAAGUCCCAGGAGUGUGAUGGAUCUGGCGGCGCAGACUCCACGUCUCCAUCUUUGCCUAGAGAAGAUGGUGUCUGCAGCAGUGCGGGUGAGGACGGUGAAGAGGGUCUGAGCCGCUCCUACAGCAGUGGUGGCUCCAGCUCCACGCUCAGCGACCUGGACGACAUCGCCGCACUGCCAGACCUCUUCGACCUACCACUAACGCCCGAAGAGGCCAGCGAGUACUGCAGUCUCGACCUGCUGGGCGGAGGGGGCGGGGCCAGCACAGGAAAUACCUCCAAUUCCUCUUCAGCGUCAUCCUCUUCCUCGUCCAUGUCCAAUCAGAACUCUCCUCAGCAGACCACACUGGACAGCCCAGACAGUAAUGGCAUCCAGUACUCUCAUUCACUGCUGGACAGUUUGCCAGAUGACUGCUCAAUAGCAGACCUUGAGCGAAUCACCCAGAGCAUUGUUAAGUCUCACUUGGAGACUUGCCAGUACAGUGCCGAGGACAUGAAGAGGUUCACCUGGGUGCAAUACACACCAGAGGAGGCGCGGAGUUUCCAGGGCAAGUCAGCAGAAUGGAUGUGGCAGCAGUGCGCACACCACAUAACUAAUGCUAUUCAGUAUGUGGUAGAAUUUGCCAAACGCACUGCUGGAUUUAUGGACUUGUGUCAAAAUGAUCAGAUUAUUCUCCUCAAAGCAGGAUGUCUGGAGGUACUACUCAUCCGUAUGUGCCGAGCCUUCAACAUCAGUAACAACACAAUCUUCUUCAACGGGAAGUUUGCCUCUGCACACUUCUUCAAAGCACUUGGAUGCGAUGAUCUGGUCAGUGCCGUUUUUGACCUUGGUAAAGGACUAUGCCGCCUGCAGUUGUCGGAUGAAGAAAUGGCUUUGUUUAGCGCAGCUGUGCUCUUAUCCCCUGACCGACCUUGGUUGUCAGAAGGCCUAAAGGUUCAGAAACUGCAGGAGAAAGUCUACCUGGCUCUUCAGCACAGUCUAAACAAAAGUGGAGCCCCAGAUGAAAAGCUGGACAAGAUGCUGUCUAAACUGCCCAUCAUGAAGUCCAUCUGUAAACUCCACAUUGACAAAUUGGAAUUUUUUCGAUUGGUCCACCCAGAGACUGCUCACAAUUUCCCACCACUUUACCGGGAAGUGUUUGGCAGCGAUAUGUCCCUGCCGGACUCUACAGCCUGCUAG